CGACGUCUUCCUUUCAGCCAAUCAGUUUGGUCUACUGGCCGAGCGUCACAGAACGUAAUUAAUAUUCAUAAGCAAAGCUUUCGCCAUACUAUUAUCCUCCGCUUGCUGGUCUGCUCCCGGUUAAGAUGGCCACUAGUCCCAAAAGACCUUCACUGGGGGCAGUAGCCCCUCGUAAAAAAGCCAGUCCCAAGUCUGAACUGACAGAGGAGCAGAAGCAGGAGAUCCGGGAGGCGUUUGAGCUCUUUGACACUGAUGGCUCUGGUUAUAUUGAGGUCAAGGAGUUAAAGGUGGCCAUGAGAGCGCUGGGGUUUGAGCCUAAGAAGGAGGAGAUCAAGAAAAUGAUCGCAGAGGUUGAUAAGGACGCUACUGGAAAGAUCUCCUUCUGUGAUUUUAUGACGGUGAUGACCCAAAAAAUGGCUGAAAAGGACUCCAAGGAAGAAAUUCUGAAGGCUUUUCGGCUGUUCGACGAUGACGAGACUGGAAAAAUAUCCUUCCGGAAUCUAAAGAGAAUGGCCAGAGAACUCGGGGAGAACCUCACAGACGAGGAGCUGCAGGAAAUGAUUGAUGAAGCAGACCGAGACGGUGAUGGAGAAGUUAACCAGCAGGAAUUUCUCCGCAUCAUGAAGAAAACGAGUUUGUAUUGAAUGUUAUCAGAAGCACAUGUGAAAUAUUCAUUUCUAUAUUUUUUAUUUAUUUAUGAUUUUUCCAUUUUAUGCACAGUACCUUGUUGCCUGUCGACCCCAUCGGUGGUUCAGAUCCGUGUGGGUUUGCCAAAUAGCAAAACAUCAAUUGUUUACACUCUAUAUCCUCAAGACUUAUCAGUCAAAAUAUAAACAGUAGCAUAGAACACAGGUUUGUAGUUAAUGCCUCAUAUACGGUAUGCACUGAAAUAUUUUGUGAAUUUGUCGUAACAUGGGUAAAUCUCACUUAGAAAGCAAAUGUUUUACCGCCAUAUUUCAAAAUAAUUAAUUUAGAUUGUGACAUUAUUUUCAUGACAACUAAUUUUCAUUGACCCCUGAUAAAAAUAUAAAAACACUGCCAAGACUUUUACAAUAAUGAGAAUGUAUUUAAAAAAAAAAAAAAACAUUAUACUGUCAAAAAACACAAAAAUAAAACCCCUAAUUGCGUUCUUUCCCAGAAUCACUCGUAUAUAUAUACUUUAGGUUUCUGCUGUAUAAUGUGUUUAAGUUUUUCUGACCAGCCCUUCUCUGUGCCUCAGCUUCUUUGAAGGAGAUUUCUGCAGUUUUAGUAAAUACAUACCGUGACCCUGUGCUUGUAUUGUUCCUCUUUGUGUUUCUUUAUGCACCCUCUACCUACAAAGUUUGUUUCAGAUGUUUUGUAUUUAAGUACACUUGAGAUGCUAUUUAAGUAUUAUUAAAAUUUAAAUAAAUUGUAUCGAGCAGCUGUUAUUGA